AAAAAAAAAUACCUACUCUGUAGUCGCCGGAAAUUCGGAAAGCGGACGAAUUUCAGAAAAUUAAUAUUGUUAUUUUUCAUGAAACUUGUGAAUUGUUAAAACUGCAAAAUGAAAAUUGAAGAAGUGAAGAGCACUGCCAAGACUCAAAGAAUAUCGGCACACAGUCACAUAAAAGGUCUAGGCUUAGACGAAAAUGGGGUUCCGAUUCAAAUGGCAGCCGGUCUCGUGGGGCAAGAAUCUGCGAGAGAAGCUGCUGGCAUAGUAGUGGAUAUGAUAAGAAGCAAGAAGAUGGCUGGCCGAGCCUUGUUGCUGGCUGGUCCUCCAGGUACAGGGAAGACUGCAAUUGCCCUAGCGAUAGCACAGGAACUUGGCAAUAAAGUACCAUUUUGUCCCAUGGUUGGCAGUGAAGUGUACAGCACUGAAAUCAAAAAGACGGAGGUAUUAAUGGAGAACUUUCGCCGUGCAAUUGGUCUGCGCAUCAGAGAGACUAAGGAGGUUUAUGAAGGAGAAGUGACUGAGCUGACUCCUGUGGAGACAGAGAAUCCUGCUGGAGGCUAUGGAAAAACAGUUUCUCACGUAAUAAUCGGCCUAAAGACAGCUAAAGGCACGAAACAGUUGAAGCUUGAUCCCACGAUUUACGAAUCUCUACAAAAAGAAAAGGUGGAAGUGGGAGAUGUCAUUUACAUUGAGGCUAACUCGGGUGCUGUCAAAAGACAAGGAAGGAGUGACACUUUUGCUACAGAAUUUGAUUUAGAGGCUGAAGAAUAUGUGCCAUUACCAAAAGGGGAUGUCCACAAGAAAAAGGAAGUAGUCCAAGAUGUGACACUACAUGAUUUAGACUGUGCUAAUGCUAGACCACAAGGCGGCCAUGACAUUAUGUCCAUGAUGGGCCAACUGAUGAAGCCAAAGAAAACUGAAAUCACAGAUAAACUUAGAAAAGAAAUAAACAAGGUAGUAAAUAAGUAUAUUGAUCAGGGAAUCGCGGAAUUAGUACCAGGAGUAUUAUUUAUUGACGAGGUCCAUAUGUUAGACAUAGAAACGUUUACGUAUCUCCACCGUGCCUUAGAGUCUGCGAUCGCGCCCAUAGUCAUUUUUGCCACUAACAGGGGGCGCUGUAAAAUAAGAGGUACAGAGGAUAUCAUCUCACCACACGGCAUUCCACUCGAUCUUUUAGACAGACUGUUAAUCAUUCGGACACUGCCAUACAAUAAACCUGAACUUUUACAGAUCUUAAAACUACGCGCUUCAACAGAGGGAAUCUCUAUAGAUGACGAAGCGCUGGCUGCGUUGUCCGAAGUUGGUACCAAUAGUACUCUCAGGUACGCAGCCCAGUUGCUGACACCAGCGGCGCUGACGGCUCGCGCUGAAGGAGCGAGUCGUAUCACUCCUCAGCACAUCCGCGCAGUGCACUCUCUAUUCCUCGACGCCAAGGCCUCCGCGCGCAUCCUCACACAACACUCCGAUAAGUACAUGAAGUAACAUCCUUCGCAAAAAUGCCUUCGCCUUCUUAUGGAACACAUUCAAUAUAUUUUGUAUGAAGAACGUAAAUACAUGAUACAAGAGCAAAGAUUGCCGUAGCGAUUUGUAUUAAAAGCUCUAUUAAAAUAGACAUAUGGUUCAGUUCAGCGUGUAAAGAGCGCAUCACGCCUCAACACAUCCGCACAUUGCACUCGCUCUUUGUCGAUGCUAAGGCGCAUCCUUGCAUACUCGAAUAUGUACAUGAAGCAACACUAUAUAGCUGUUUCAAGUGGUCGCUCACACUUUUGCAUGAGGAAAUCAUAGAGCAAGAAGACGAAGCUGUGACGAUGUGUACAAGCUUUAAUAAAUAGACAUAAGGUUUAAGUUCGCGUGAAAGGACGAAGCAUUUCGUUCAAAAAUUGGGACUUCAAUUAAAUCUAAUUUGGUUAAAAUUUUAUUAUGUAAAUAAAAAUUUUCUUUAAACCUAACUCAAUAACGAAUAGCAUAUAACAGCUA